AAUAAUGAUAAUAACGGAGUAACUAUCACGAUAUCUUCAUCGUCAAUCGUACUCGACUGUCAUCGAGGGUAGACGAAGAUGCGGCUGACGCGCUUUGUCGAUUCCGUCAUCCUCUUGGAGUGAACCGUGCCGGUUGCCGAGAAGUCGCGGAAUCAUGUGGCCGUUGCGGUUGGAGAUGACUCGUGAUGAGUGCAGAAAGUGUUUGCGAUACCUCGAAUUAGAUGCUUAUGGAAGUAUAGUUUCCGUCUUACGUGCUCAAGGUCCUUUCACCAGUGAGAAGCAGAAGUUGUUGCAGGAAAUUGCUAAAAUGUUAAAUAUUUCCAACGAGAGACAUCGUGCCGAAGUACGGAGAGCUGUAAAUGAUGAAAAGCUAGCAACAAUUGCUGAACAGCUUAAUGGUCCAAAUACUGGUACAGAUUGGACCAUCGAAGGUCGCCGGACUAUUCCUCUUUUGCCAAGAUUGAAAGCGCGGUCGGCAUUCACGACGUUAGCCAACAGCUUGUCUCUCGCAGCAGCGUUCGCAAAUGCGAAAUAUCCUGACAGGCCGGAUUUUACUUCUGGACCGUUUGAAAACAUCACAGGUUCUUUAACUGCCGAGACUGAAUCUCAAUCCGUAGUAAAAAAAGAGGAAGACUUAUCUGUUGACGCAAAAUUAUGUAACCUUGGAAAUGAACUCGAUGACAGCACAACCUUGCAGGAAAAUCUAAAUUCAAACGAGGUCGGGGAGCUGGUAGAUAAUAAAGAUGCGGACGAAAAAGUUAGCGAAGCGCCCAGGGUAUCGAAACUUCUUGGGAAACGUAAAUCCCCCUCGCCGCUGCCGACAGCGCCGUCGAAUAAAGUUCUGAUAGUGUCAUCGGAUUCGUUAGAGACGCUAAACCACACUGUCACGGAUAAAGUGACGUUCGGAAAUGAUGUUGAAGAGCCACAGGACACCACGCAGCAUCAAAAUGUUAAAUUAAUCCCGUUAGCCGUCGAGAUCUCAGGUUCUAAGGAGAGCGGAGUGUCGGAGAACACUGUCGAUCGACCCUUAGUUCCAGCAAAUAAGCAUACUAGUACAAUAAUUUCCGAGUGCAUAAGCAACGCCAACAAGCCUAAGACGAUAGUAAGCUUCGUGCAGAACAAACUUAGUACAAAAGUAACGCCGGUCACGUCGAAUGAUGCAGACGCACAAUCUCAGGAUAACGCAAAUAACACGCAGAAAAUCGAAAAAUCGGAAAAUACUAGCCUAAGUCCGUCUUGCAUAAAGCGAGUGCCACCGGCCGUACACACCAAUACAAAGCCAGUAGUGUCUAAAUCAGUUAUAUCAAGCAAUACACAUCGAGUUAUGGCUGUGCAUCCUGGCACUACAGUGUCCAGCGGCCCAGGGCCACCUCAAGUUAAGCAAGCUGCCCCGCUAUUAACGUGUAAGAAAUGGCCAUCCGAACAAAAUGCGACUUUCAGUCCGCAGUCCACUGCCAAAAUGAGUGUUACGAUAAAUUCCACAAAAGCUGUAAAUAUACCUCAUCACUCUAACACUAAAUUAACCGCUAAAACUAAUGUGAUCGUUAUCCAGAAGGGUCAUGCAAAGGGUGUAACAUUGUCACACGCAGGCAAGGAAGUAUUAGGAAAGGUGAUAAUGGGAGGCAAGAAUCUGUGUGUUACAAGCCAACAUAAUGCGAGCUCGGUUAAUGUUCUACCGCAUCACGUCUCCCUGAACGGAGAUCAAACGCCAACGACCACGUUGCCGGCCGUAAACCCACCGAAUGCAGAUUCUGUCAAAACGAAUAUAAAGUCUGGAAACACGAUUGUGUUCAAUCUGCAGGACGUCUUCGAGAAGACGAAGGUUCUUUCGCAGCAUCUUGAAUCGUCCGGUGUUCUUAAUUCGGAACCUAAGACUGUGAUACAAAGCAGGUACACGCGCCUCUUAACGGAAGAUUCCAAUAGCGACGCGGGCACGAUCGACGGGGACUCGUCUCCAAAGACGGACUCCGUCAUCAGUUCCACGGCGGAGGAGAAACAGCAGCAUAGCAAGAAUGAAGAUGUUAACGCGAGCGUAAAUUCUCAAGUAGUAAAUUCGCUAGAUACCUCGAAAGUGCCGGCAGCUGAGGAAAUACUCAAGUCGACGCAACUUGCCAAUGUAGAAGAUGAUGCUGAAAACGAUACUCGGACGCAAGGAUCCAGCGAGGACGCGGACAUGUUCGAUGCGACGGCUUUGGAAUCGACAUUGGACGCGAACUUGGAGAGUCCCCAAUACCUGGAAACGGUGACCGUGAAUCACGUGGACGAACGUAACGACUCGUAACGACUAAGAGGUACCGACGUUACGCACGUCGUACGGCGGCAAGGCUGAUACUUUCGUUUCGAAAGCGUACUGAUACAUCUAUUUUACGUAAAUAUAAAUACAUGCGCAUGUUUCUAUUUAUAUACGUCUAUUUUAACGAGAUUUACACACACACACAUACACACACACGCACACAUACACACGCUUACGUUUGCUCCUUGGAAGAUCCGAUGAUUUCAACCGGAAACCGGAACAACCUCGAUCCCCCGAGCCUCAUUAUUCAUUUCGUAGCGUAGCACGAGCGAGGCGAUUUGAUCAUUUGUAAAAAUGAGAUUUCGACACCGAAAUUCAAUCAUACUGAUUGAUGCUAGUACUGUGUAAGUAAGUGCCAAAUCGCGAUCUGCUGUUGAUAUAAUUUACAUAUUCUUGCGAGAAAAGGAAAUAACCAUGACACGCGCGUAUUCAUUGCCCACGUUCAGCAGAAAAAAUUGUUCAGUGAACGUUUAAUGAUUAUUACUCCUGAUUGGUACAUACUCCUAGAUCCAUCGAGAAUCUAAAAGAAUACUUCCCGUUUCUAUCACCAUUAUUUAAACCUAAUCGACGAUUGACAUAACGGAAUCAAUCAAUCGUAUUAGCCAAUUAGCUGAACCGAUCAAUAGAAUUGGACAAUCCCAUUUGAGUUAUUAAUCGUCGUCGAUUAGAUUUGAAUCAUGAUGGAAACGGGCAUAAGGGCAUAAGUUUCACAACCUCCGAUUAACUUAAUCCGCUGAUUAUUCCAUUGGAAUCGACCAGUCGCAUUUGUCGUUAGGCAGAAUUGGUCGGAAAUAACCAAUCACGGUUGACACUUAACCAGUCGGUUAAGUUAAAUCGGAGGCAGUGAAACUGGCCUUGAACGCGCUCACUGAACUUCUUUUUCUCGGCAGAACGCAGCCGACUUUCUCAAUUCCAGCUCGCAACGCAAAUUACCGAUCGUUCCUAGGUGACCGACCGAUUUUUUAUUCUACUUUAUCACGUGACUUUCCUUCCUAUUAGUUUAGAAGAGGAUUGCAAGCCGGAAUUGUGUCGAGAUGCAUUUAGCGCUAAAUGUAGCUGUCCGAUUGCUCGUGUGUUUCACGAGAACGAAUAACAGGCAGCUUCCAUCAGCAGCAGCAUUUUGCGUAGCUCUUCGAUUCCGAGACUUGUUUCUUAAUUGCGUGUCGAAUCGGGAGCCCUGCGGCUACGUGUAACGUUGUAGAACAGGCGGCGCAAGCCGAGACAUUUUGCGUGUUGCGAGAGGAGUGGUAACCGGAUGUGUCAAGUCUCACGCACAUUCGAAAAUUGUUUCGUAUUUCUGCCCGUGACUAGAGUAACACUUGGAAAUGUGUAAGACUAAACGUUUCUGUAUAAUGUGAUAUUAUGGUAUUAAGUACUAGAAGUUUGGUUCUAUGAAUCUGUCACUUGCUCAGACUUAUUACUGUCGCAGCGGCAUUGUAAAUACUUUGUAAAUACACCGCAGAACUUGGGCUAUUGUGCGAAAUGCUCGUUUCAGAGUGGAUGCAGGUGACAACAUUUGUGUGUACACGUAUGUAUGCAUAUAUAUAUAUAUAUAUAUAUGCACACACAUAUAUCGCAUGUAUGUACAUAUAUGUGUACACAUAACAGUACCUUUUCCACUCUAUCGCCAUUAAUAAAGCGCGUGAGUGUUAAUCGAAACUCUCGACUCGAUAUAGUUUUAUUAGUUAUUUUAUCGUAGGUACCGCGUUUCUUGCUCUCUCUCUCUCUCUCUCUCUCUUUCUCUCUCUCUUUUUUAACGAAACUUGCUCGUAUAGAGCGAGCCAGCAAUCUAUUGUUCAUUAAAGAGCAUAAUUAGAUUUAACAGGGAAAGAGUAUAUUUUUUCAUAAGCGAAGUGACACUGCCCUUCGAUUCGCAAUAUUGCGGUGCUCUGUUACUCAGAUUUUUUUACUGUAAUCGUGCAUCUUUACGCAGGAUUUCCGCCAAAUUGCCAGGAUACCUUCUCGCCUAAAUCGCUGUAAUAUGUAAGCAGCUAUUACGCGCGAUCGUGACAUUCGCCUCAAUAAAUGAACUGGAUCACUGAUCAUUGGUUCAAUCGAGCAUAUUACACAUAUGUAUUGAGCGUCGGAUAUACUAGAGGGUAAAACGGAGUAAUGGCGGUCACCUAAGCGGAAACUCUCAUAAAACUGGUAAGAAAUGUCGGAUUCAGAAUCUGCUUAAUAUAAUAGAUAUCUAAAGAUGUUUACUAUAAUAUAAAUUGGUGCAAAAAAAUCUAUAAAAAUAUCUACCGAAGAAGCACAAAUGAAAAAAUAAGAUUUGACGGGAUUGCCCUAAUCUCGAGGUAAUGCUAAUCAGCAAUAUUUACAGUGUAUAAAACUAGAGAAGACAAAUUUCGCAAAAUAUGCAGCGAAAAAGUACAUUUCAUCGUCUCUGUCAAAUUCUCCACAAAAAGAACAUAAUUUUUAAUCCCGGUCACUCCAGCACCGACUGACUUGCACUAUUCAAAUUACAUGUUUUCAUAAUUAGAUUAACCACGUUGUAAUGAUCCAUCAAUUCAAAAAACCAAUAUUUCUACCGUAUAUUAGGUUUAAAUGACAUUGUAGAAAACAGUGCAAUAAUUUAGCAUGAAUAAACGUACCGACUUAUUACGUGUCAUUAGCAGCGAUUCUUAAGAAAGAAACAGAAAAGAAACAGAAAACAACAAAACAAAUUUUCCGCAAUAACUCAGCCGUGAACAAUGCUAAAAUAGCAAUGUUUUGUCUGAUGCUUCCUUCGAUCCUGCACAAAGGACAGAUAUUUACAAGAUUCAAUGCGUAUCGACCACAGUUGAGAUAUAAAGGUGACCGUCAUUACCCACUGACCGGUAUUUACCCCAUUCUCCCCUACCUUCCAUCUACGAAAUCUUGAACUUUUUUAUUUAUGAUUAAUUCUCAAACGAUAGCGAAUGUCUUAAUAAAUUAAAUUGCUAUUUUUUGUUAAAGUUCAAAGAAUUAUUUUAACAUAAUUUCAGCUUAAGGUUUUGUUACCGAGAUAUAUGUUUUAGAUCAUGUUGAAUAUUAUGAAACUGUGCAAAGAUAUAACAUCCGGUCAAUUCGGAUGAAAAAUCUAUCGGUAAAAGCUAAUGCAGCUGAAGUCUGAGAGAUUCUAUGUACAAUAUCGUACCGGUGCAACAUAUGUACAGAUAUAAACAAUAUUUAUAGUUAAUUC